GAGUUACACCGUCGCGCGUCGUCCUGUCGUAUAACGUAUUAUAUAAAAUAAGUAGGUACUUACGCGUUUUUGGUUCAAUCGUAUUCAGUUGUCUAUACUCUAUAUAUAUACUCAUUAUACACGGACACUUCACAUAUGUAAACUGAAAGACAUCGCAGAACAAURUUCGUUUAUUGGACAGUUAUAACUAUGCUGUGUUUAAGCCCGCUGCAGCAGCGGCGAUGGAACGGAGUUUUGUCGUUGAUGUAUCCGGACGACUACGGUCCUACGCUGUUCACGGACGCCAAUAACGUGACGUUCGACUUCAUAGUGGUGGGCGGUGGUAGUGCCGGCGCGACGGUGGCGGCCCGACUCAGUGAGAUACCCGAAUGGAAUGUGCUGCUGCUGGAGGCUGGUGGUGAUCCACCGGCAAACACGGAAAUACCGCUCAGAUACAGCGAAGCGUUGRCGAGUGACGUCGACUGGACGUUCAUCACCGAACCCGAACCGCUCCUGUUUGGGGGUUUGGAACGCGGCCGAUCCACGGUAUCCAGGGGCCUGAUGCUGGGUGGAUCGUCUUCCAUGAACGCCAUGAUGUACUUGCGUGGCACCAAGCGUGAUUUUGACGAGUGGGAGAGACUAGGCAACGCGGGCUGGGGGUUUGGUGACGUUCUGCCGUACUUCGUCAAGUCAGAGAAUUUCACAGGUAGCGGUGAUCGGCGGGACGUGGUGCCACAUGGACGCGGAGGCCCACUCACAGUCAGUCCACUGGUUUCCAUCGACCCAGCAUAUUCGGCCGUCAACGAAGGCAACCGAUUGCUCCGGUUAGCAGAGAUGGACGACAUUAACCGGUUCGCGCCCCCAGCAGUAGGGUACGGCCCGAUGGACUUCACAGUGCGCGAUGGUCUCCGAUGCAGCACUCUCAAGGCAUUCUUGUUGCCAGCCAGUAGACGGCCAAAUCUGUUCGUGGCCAAAAAUGUCAGGGUGACUCGGUUAGUGGUGCAGCGAAUCACUACAUCCGAUCUUGGAAACUAUACCAGARCGUUGGGCGUCGAGUACGUCACACCGUCAGGGCAAACGAAACGCGUAUAUGGAUCUCGUGAAGUGAUACUUUCCGCAGGCGUGAUCAUGAGCCCUCAGAUCCUCAUGGUAUCAGGCGUGGGACCCGCGAAACACUUGCGUAAACAUGGAAUCCACGUAAUUAGUGACUUGCCGGUAGGCUACAACUACCAGGAUCAUGUUUCGUUCGCUGGACUCGUGUUCAGCGACCGGAAGAACAGAUCCCGGGCUGACAUAUCUCGAGAGAGCUCCGACUUGGUCCGGGCCACGUUCGACUUAGUAUCCAGAGGUGUAGGAACGAUGGGCCUGACAAAUCUCGUAAGCUUCGUCGACACCGCGUCCAAGGGACACGCCGACAUACAGGUCGUAUACAUUAGAUUCCCGUACAACAGUACGAGAAACACACCGAACAAACGGAGCAGGAUGUCGAAUCUAUUCGGGUACUCAGACCGAGUGUCUACGGAGUACGACRAACUGAACAUGCUAAGCGACAAUGUGCUCGCGGUACCGAUUAACGUUGAUGGCCGGAGUACCGGGCGUGUGAUCCUACGGUCGUGUGACCCGAUGGUGCGCCCGAAAAUCCACACAAAUUUCUUGUCACACGAUGACGAGAUCGAAACGCUACUACGCGGAAUCGAUUUCGUCGUGAAACUGUCAAAAACCAAACCAAUGAUUGACGCGGGAUUAGUUUUAGAACCAGUCACGUUUCCGGACUGCGUGGCUCAUGCCUGGGGGACUAGGGACUAUUGGGUGUGCGCGAUCCGCAACGUUGCCACAUCGUUUUAUCACCCAGUGGGCWCGUGCCGGAUGGGCCCUGUUCACGAUCACCGGACUGUCGUCGACACCAUGCUACAAGURAAGGGUGUGCGUGGUCUCCGGGUGAUAGACAGCUCGAUAAUGCCCAAAGUCGUCUCGGUAAACACGAAUGCCGCUACCAUAAUGAUCGCUGAAAAGGGAUCGGACAUUAUAAAAAAAUUUUAUGGUAAGCUCAUGUAAUAUGCAAAAUAAUAUUAUC